GUCACGCUUUCCCUUAAGUCCCAGUCCUCUUGUUCUUGGUGUGCGUUUGCAGCAGCAGCCAACGGGGAGGAGGAGGAGGAAGAGGAGGAGGACACGGCGUGAAAGCGGAGAAGACACAGACUGACUGAAGACUGCAAAUGAGAGGAAGGAGCGUGUUUCCUGGCCGCAUUCAGCCGCUAUCACAUUCACCAUGAAGCGUGGUUGCCGGAGCCAGAUAAGAAGAAGAGGAGCGACGAUAUUUUUCUCACCGCCGUGUUGCGUCUAGCCCCAAGGACGUACGAGGAAAGCAAACACAGGCGAGACUUGGGGGACGAGGUGCGGGAUUUAGAUGGCUUAUGUUAGCCGGGCCGGGAACCUGAAGAGAUAUGAGCUGGAAAUACGUUUAUAUAUCAUGUCUUGACUAGAAAGGACUAACGAUCACCCCGGAAACCUCCUCCCUGACAGACAGUGACGAGCUACGGCUUAAGGGACGCCUCAUUCGCAUUUGAAGGGAUUUAUGGGAUCGCAAGUUUCCUCUGAUGAGAUGAGUGUGCGUGCUGGCCAGGGCAGUGAUGAGGUGCUGGUUUCACAGGCGGUGUGGGAUUACCUGGCUGCAGCUGGGCGGCCCUGGCUCAUUGACUUCCAGCGCAAGCAGGGGAUGAGCGCUGGUAUUAUUAGGCGAGGAGAACGAGGGGGCUGCUGUGCUGUGAGGCUGCAGCCAGUGGAAGGCUUCAGGACCGCUGGAGCAGGGGUGAUGGAUGCACCCAUCUCCAGUGAGACACGAAAAGCCUUCAUUGACUUAUGCCGCUGUGCCCGCAAAGAAAUGAGCAAACAGGAGGGGGGGCACAAGAGGAAGAGGGUUCUGUUGCCCUGUGUGGGCGUUCUGGAGGCGAACGGUGAGGGCAGUCUGCUUCAGCCCCCACUUCCACAGCCUCGGCGCUCCCAGAGACAGCAGCAGAGGUUCAGGAAGCCUGCUGAUGAGGAGGCCUGUGCCAUGCUUCAUGAAGCAGCGCAGAAGAAGGACAUGGACUCCAGCUUGGCUUCACACAGUGAAGCGGAGGACAACAAUACGUGUUCAAUCUGCAUGGGGGACAUAGUGGAGAAGACUACUUUAGAAAGGUGUGGCCAUUCGUUCUGUCGCUCCUGUCUGGAUCAAGCCUUUAAGGUGAAGAAAGCCUGUCCUGUGUGUCGAUUAGUGUAUGGCCAGUUGAUCGGAAACCAGCCUGCCAAUGGAACAAUGAUUGUAGAGAGAGAUCCUGAUCUGGAGAUUCCUGGACACGAAGGCUAUGGGUGUAUCUGCAUCAUCUACAGCUUCCCACCAGGCCUACAGGCGCCAGAACACCCAAACCCAGGCGUUCGGUACCCAGGAACAGACCGCAUGGCCUACCUCCCUGACAGUCCUGAGGGGAACCGUGUGCUGGGUCUACUGCGCCGGGCCUUUGAACAGCGCCUUAUCUUCACCAUUGGUACCUCCAUGACUACGGGCAUGCAAAAUGUCAUCACCUGGAAUGACAUUCACCAUAAGACCUCAAUAUGGGGUGGGCCGCGCUGUUUUGGCUACCCUGACCCCACCUACCUGGUACGAGUGACAGAGGAGCUCAGAGAAAAAGGCAUCACAGCGGACUGACAGCAUGAAAAUGACAGACUCCUCCAGGACAUUGUACGACUUUCUGAGUGUCCUUGUCCUUGUGGUGGACAUGACUCGGCUCCAGGUUUAUGCUCUGAGACUGCCCAUCCAUUAAAGGAUGGCGGAAGACAAGGCCCUCAGCAGACAAGCGUCUAAUGCUGCAGCAGAGCCCACAUCACUCCACUAGUUGUUCCUCUGUUUGUUCACUUCACUUCACCGGGUUUGGCUUAACCCUGUGCUAUAUGUGGAAGAAAAUAAUUUGAGUGCAGUGCAUUCUUGUAUUACAAAAUCCUCUGUCACUUUUUGCAAUAGGACUGAUAUCUGAUGCACUUAUUUAAGAGCAUUGUGAGGUGUUGGAAUUAAUACCUAUUUAGGAAAUCUAAGUUUAAUGUUAUCAGGACAGUUUAUGUUAUAUUAAUGUUUAUUUCUACUCUGGGGAUUAUGUUAUUUCGUUCAAGCACACAGUCUUGGUUUUAUCUCGCCAGAAAUGUUUCUUAGGUAAGACUCUAAUUUUAUUGUUACUAAUGACUUGUUGCAAGGAUUAAAUGGCAGAAUAGAGCUGCUAGUAUAGGAAAAAAAAAAAUCCCUUUUUUUUCUGAAGUUAUUGCAAUCUAAAGCACUCAAGAAGCACUUUGGUAAAGCAGUCUGGUUUCAGUGAAAUGGGAGUCCUGGUUUUUGCUUCCUCUGUGUGGAAAAGUGCUCGGUGCAAACAGGUUAAUGCAGCCAUCAGCUAACAGCUUGGCGACUACAUGUUGAUGUCACUCACUUGCAACUCCUCAAUUGCUUAAGAUCGUCACUUUGCCCCUUCAUCGUCACUGAAAUCCUAACAAUGAUGUUUCAUCGCAGCACCUUCUCUCACACGUUUUAGGACUGCCCUUUUUUUGCCAUCGGUCACAUCUGUUUUCUCGAGAUGUCUCCCAGGUGUUAAGCCCAUUACCUCAGUUGUCAGUAAUGAGCUCAUCCAAUUACCAGAUUUAAGAUGAUGUCAAAUGUAAAGGGCAUAUAGACCAUUUAAACCAAAUCAAAGGCACAAAAGCUCUUAAAAUAUCUAUGCCUCUGUCCCUGGGAAAUUAUGCCUGCUAAUGUUCUUAUUCAAAAUGAGCUAAGUGUAUUUAAUUUAUCAAUCUGAGUACAUAACCUAUGACACAAUAAUGGGAAAAAUGUUGCAGGAACAAUUGAUCUUAUUUAUGGUGGAUGGGAUACUGAUUUUGUUGUGCCUUUCUCAUAUUCACUUUUGAUAAAAAUCAAGCAUGAUGUUACUAAUGACUGGUACGCAGUUUGGGCACAUUUUGGUGUUAUUUGAUAGGUAAAGCAGCGGUAUGUUUGUAGCUGGACUGUCUGGUUUUGAGUACGAAUACUACACCGUUCACGAAAAUAUGUAUACUAAUGUGUGUUUAAAAUAGCUUCUCCUUCAUAAACAUUCUCGUAGUCCAAAUGCUGAACACACCCUCAGACAGAUAAAGCUGUAUAUGUGAAAGUGCUUUAAGUACAGUAACCUGCUUGGCUAGUGGAGAAUGUCAUUAACUUGACUCGCCAGAUCCAUGAAUCAAUUGCCCUUUUAUUAUGCUUUACCUCCUUUGUAUUUUAGUUAAGGGACCAACUGAAUUAUUUUUGGGACAUAGGAUUGUAGUUUACUAAAGCUACUGUGCAAACAUUUCUAUGCAUAACAUGACUAAGGAGGAGCCAGGAGGAUGGUUAGUCUGGAGAUUCCACAUAUUACAAACUGAUUGUUGAAGAAAAGUUGGAGUUUUGCUUUUCUAAUUGUGUUCGUACUUUGUUGAUAUUCAGAAUAAUGUGCUUUACAUUUUAAUACUUGAAUAAAAAGUUAUGUUUG